UUCAGGACGCUGAAGGGGCGGAAAGUCUAUAGAGACAAGUCUUGUUGCCCUACGGCAGAUUUCAAAUCGUCAAAAGUUCUUCAAUCUUCUUUAUUCACGCUCUUUUCAUUGGCAAUUGGCGGAGAAUUUCCUUUGCCAAGUCUGCAAUAUCUGUGGCUUGCCGAAAGAGAAAUUUAAUCCAUUAACCAGAUCUUCAUAAGAAUCCUUGUUUGAGAGUGACAAGCAAGCAACACAUUCCGGAGCCGUCUCUACGCCUCAACUCCAUCAUCAUAAACGCAAUUAGCAAAUUACCGCCAACGCUUCUUUCUAAAAGACCAACAGGAAAAAAGUAAAACAUGUCUGCUUCUUCAGUGGCAAGAAGCCGCGCCGGGCUAUUCCGGCCUUCUUCAUGCAUCUCUCGCACAACCCGCUUCUUCUCUACCAGCCGCCAGCUUCGCGAAUCAAAAUCAACACCUACCUCAAACCGUCCUACCCACUUUGGAUAUGAGACGGUUACCGAGUCUGUGAAGCAGGAGCGAGUUGCCGAAGUCUUUACCAGCGUGGCAGAAUCAUACGAUAAGAUGAACGACUUGAUGUCGAUGGGUGUUCACCGUCUGUGGAAAGAUCAUUUCGUUUCCUCGCUGAACCCAGGGGCCACAAACCCUACAGGCAUGCCACAGCGCAUCCUUGAUGUCGCCGGAGGAACUGGCGACAUCGCCUUUCGCAUGCUGCAGCACGCCCAUGUCAACAACGGCAACCCAAACGUGCACGUUACGAUAUCAGACAUCAACCCAGCAAUGCUUAGUGUUGGCAAACAGCGCUCCCUAUCUCUUCCAGCCUCUCAUCAGUCUUCUCUUUCCUUCCUAGAGGCAAACGCUGAAGUUCUGCCAUCAUCACUCAAAGACAAUUCCCUUGACUUGUACACAGUUGCCUUUGGCAUACGCAACUUCUCUAAUAUGCCCGCAGCCCUGAGAGAGGCAUAUAGAGUCCUCAAACCUGGCGGCAUCUUUGCUUGUAUGGAGUUUUCUAAAGUGGACAAGUAUCCCAUCUUCAAUGCAAUUUACAAGCAGUGGUCCUUCAGCGCGAUCCCAUUGAUUGGCCAGCUGGUUGCAGGAGACCGUGACAGCUAUCAAUAUCUCGUUGAAAGCAUUGAACGGUUUCCGUCCCAAGAGGAGUUCCGAGACAUGAUUGCUGGCGCAGGGUUUGCCAUUGUGGGAAAAGGUUAUGAAGAUUUGACUGGUGGCGUCGCGGCUAUCCAUAAAGGCAUCAAACCCCUAUGAAGACUUCUUUAGACUUAUAUGUCUAGUUUGUAUAUUAGUAUUCAGUAAAGACGCCCACAAAGGUUGCUUUAAUAAGAAGUCAUAUGAUAUUACAAUC